CAAGUUCAAAUCCAUCGGACCACAUCCUGGUGUAGACAGACCCUGACACCAUGGGGGAGAGUCAUGCGUUCGGAGCCUCCCUGUGCUGUAGCCGCAGGCACUUUAUUUUGAGCCUAUGCUUGGCCAUGAGCAUGGUCUGCGCUGCGCGGAUCCUUUAUUGGCUCAUUCAGCUGGGUGCCAAGGUGCCCCAAGAGACGCAGGCAGCCUGUACUGGUGAUGAGUGCUUCCAGAUCUUCACUUGCAUCGGCAUGAAGGACACCACGGCUCACAUCAUGGAGCCACUGUUCACCUUGAGUGGCAUCAUCUUCUUCCCCUUGGGCUUCCAUGCGGCACACCAUGGGGACGACACCCCGAUGAAGCGCUUUGCCCUCUUCCUCCUGGCCACUACGGCAGUUCGUUUGGGAGUCAUCGCCUUCGACGUGGCCUUCAUGCAUGCUUGUGAGAUGUACGAUACGAACAUGAUGAACUUCGUGCUGAACUCGCUGCUGCCUCCAAGCCCCCUGCGCGUGGGUGUGCAGGACAAGCUGAGAGGGCUUCACCUCUUCCACCUCGAGCUGGUGAAUGGCAUCACUGGGAACUUCAACAUCUUGGCAUGGUACUUGAUCCUAAGUGGGUUAUGGACUGCGCUCUUCCUGUACGCCACUGUAGAGGCCAUGUCCCUCUCCUCCCUGAUGCAGAAUGGUAUCCUAGGUUUGGGAGUCCACUAUGGUUUGGACCAGUGGGACGAGGAGCUGAAUCGAACAGCGAUCCGGCGGAAGGUGCAGAGUGGCAUCAACAGCAAAUUCAUGGACGAUGCACACCUUCCAUUGAGUCAGGGCACUCACGUCGGUCGACUGUCCAACCCGACUUAUGGCACUCAAUCUCCACCCGCACGGACCUACAAGGCCAGCCAGGACUUCAGUGACUACAGCACCGGCUUCGAUGGUGUCCCUUACGAGUUGCCUGACGAAGAGGAAGACGAGGCUGAGGUGGUGAGGCAGUUGGCGGAGAAGUUGUCCCAAGAAGAAUCGCCCGAGGCGAUGCUGGAUCGUGCCUUUGUGGCCUGAGCUGUCAGAGCUGCUUUGGCGAUGCAUUCGGCCUGCAGACUGUGUGCUGAAAUC